AAGAAUUUGUCUGUAUCUUUCUGGAGUUCCUAUUGGAUGCUGCCCUCUGAUGUUUGUGGAAUGAACUGCUUUUGGGAAGCUGCUUUUAGAUAUGAUUAUAUGAAAACACAUCCUUCUGAGAAAAUGCAUCUAGCAGUGGUUGCCUGUGGUGAAAGACUGGAGGAGACUGUUACUAUGUUGAGAUCGGCCAUAAUUUUCAGCAUCAAAACUCUCCAGUUUCAUAUUUUUGCAGAGGACCAAUUGCAUGAGAGUUUCAAAGACAUACUUGAUGACUUCCCCUUUAAAGGAAAAGUUAAUUACACAUUAUAUCCAAUAACAUUUCCAACUGAGAGUGCAACAGAAUGGAAGAAAUUGUUUAAACCAUGUGCUUCACAAAGGCUGUUUUUACCAUUAAUCCUCAAAAAUGUGGAUUCACUACUGUAUGUUGAUACGGACAUCCUGUUUUUGAGACCUGUUGAUGAUAUUUGGUCUUUUCUGGGAAAGUUCAAUUCCACACAAAUUGCUGCAAUGGCACCAGAACAUGAAGAGCCUCGUAUUGGAUGGUAUAAUCGCUUUGCUAGACAUCCCUAUUAUGGAGUAACUGGAAUAAAUUCUGGAGUCAUGUUAAUGAAUAUGACACGUAUCAGAAGAAAGUAUUUCAAGAAUGACAUGACACCAGUCCGACUACAGUGGGGAGAAAUUCUUAUGCCACUGCUGAAGAAAUACAAGUUGAACAUAACAUGGGGUGAUCAGGAUCUAUUGAACAUUAUGUUUUUUCACAAUCCAGAAAGUCUUUAUGUCUUUCCUUGUCAAUGGAAUUAUCGGCCUGACCACUGCAUCUAUGGAAGCAAUUGUAAGGAAGCUGAAGAAGAAGGUAUCUUUAUUCUUCAUGGAAACAGAGGUGUUUACCAUGAUGAUAAACAACCAACUUUUAGGGCUGUCUAUGAAGCAAUAAAAAAUUAUUCAUUUGGAGAUGAUCUGGUUCAUUCCCUGUUGCAGCCCCUGGAACUGGAAUUACAGAAAACCGUGCAUACAUAUUGUGGAAGAGUAUACAAAGUGUUCAUAAGGCAGCUAACAAAAAGCAUAAGAGACUUGUAUGCCAGAAGAUCAAAGGGAAGGUGAUUUUUACUUUAAGCUUUUAAAUAAGGAGACUGAAUUAACAUACUGGUCAAAAGGUGCAAAAAUUCUAAUAUGGCUUGAACCAACUCAAUGUGCCCAGAUAAAAGUUUACUAGUGUACAUAAAAAUGAGGAAGAUACUCAUGUAAUGAAGAACAGAAACUUUUUUCUGCAAAGGUGACUUUUUGCUCUUUUGAAAUUUAAUCACUGCUAAUGUUUAUCUUGGAUCCAGUGAUUUGGGUGUUACUGGCUUCUAUGGUCAGUAGUUUUAGUCUGCAUAAUUCAGUUAUCUAAUGAUCAAAUGAACAAGGAAGAAAUGAAGAUGGCUCUGUUUGGGGGUGUACCUCAUAU